AUGAAGAAAUUUCAACUCUGCAUUAACUGUUUGGGCGCUGGACACUCUACGGCAGAAUGUCCAUCAAAACACACUUGCCACUCGUGUUAUAAAAAACACCACACAUUGUUGCACUUUCCAACCAGCCCACCCGUCAUCGCAGGUAUUCAGUCACCAACAUCAAUGUUCGUUGCCACAAAUAAACCUCAGACCAUACUACUAUCUACGUUACUCAUCAGUGUCGUGUCAGUGAACAACCAGAAACAAACGUUCCGAGCCCUAUUAGAUACGGGCGCGCAGGUUAGCUUCAUUACCAAGAAAAGUGCAGAUCGCCUAGCGUUACCUAUACGUCGCUGUUCAACACAAAUAAGUGCCUUCUCGGGUGCAUCGGUCAACGCGGUGUCGGGCGCCAUUUUUAUCAGCAUGUCACCAGUAGACAAUUCAGAACCGUCUAUUCCUCUUGAUGUUUACAUUGUAGCAAAAAUAACGGAACCCUUACCUCAAACUUCAUUCACAUUCACCGCGUUGCCUCAUUUGAACAAAUUGAAUCUAGCGGAUCCAACAUUUAAUAUUCAAGGUCCAAUUUACAUUCUGUUGGUUGCCGAUGUCGCCCCAUCCAUCCUCACCGGAAACCGUGUUGCCGGACUUCAGUCACACCCAACAGCCUUCAACACUGUUUUCGGAUGGGUUCUGAUGGGACCAGUCACACCAAGUACAACUACUGAAGUUACGUCAAUGCUCGUCACCACUGAGACAUCACUCGAACAGUCUCUAAGUAAAUUUUGGGAAAUGGAAGAACCCCCUCACACGGAACACCUGAGUUCCGAUGAAGUGCAAGCUGAAGCAAUAUUUACUUCGUCCGUCAAGCGUCUAGUAUCUGGGCGAUUCAGCGUUGCACUACCAUUCAAACAACCACAUCCAAUAUUGGGAGACUCCAAAGAUAUGGCACUUAAGCGAUUUCAUUAUUUAGAGCACCGAUUAUCACGUGAGGAAGGGCUCUCACAACAAUACAAAGAUUUUAUGAGAGACUACCUCACAAGUCAACAUAUGGAAGUCAUUCCCACAAACCAAAAAAUGACUCCAUACUGUUACUAUAUACCACAUCACUGCAUCCUACGCCCAGACAGUCUUACAACGAAACUCAGGGUAGUUUUCGAUGCAUCUGCUACCACUACCGUUGGACGAUCAUUGAACAGCAGCUUAUAUACGGGUCGUAAGCUCCAACAAGAUCUACCACAGAUUUUGAUCCGAGCACGUGUUCACAAAAUAUUGUUCACAGCAGAUAUCAAACAAAUGUACCGGCAGAUCGAAAUCCACCCCGAACAUAGAGAUUAUCUAAGAAUUCUAUGGCGUUUCAACCGCGACCAGCCAAUCGAAGAAUAUCGUUUAUGCACCGUCACUUACGGGACAUCUUGUGCACCGCAUUAG